AUGGCAGCGAUUUCUGUGCUCUAUUCCAUCGCCUUGGCUUUCAUUCUUUCAACUCAGGCUUUCCCUACCUCCCGGAGUUGGCGUGGCGGCCCACCUCACAUGAAUGGGGAAGAGGCUAGAGCAUUGCACUACUCUACAAGAGGUGACUCGCUCCGCACCGGUCGGGACUUUUCGCAGAGUUUGUGCCACUUAAUGAAUGAGGACCAGAUGAACCAGAUGGAUCUUCUCCUUCAGAAGGCCAAGGAGUAUGCGAUUUACACUUGGGGUCCGGGUUGGGAUCAAGUUUUGGUGAAUCCUGAAGGUUACCCUUGGGGCACGGCAUAUGCGUGUUAUCCGUUUUCGAUGAACUAUACAGUAAUAUGGGACGCAGAGCCUUCGUGUACGCUUUCAAUCGCAAGUGACAAUGGAACCAUCUGGCGCGGCAUCGAUUAUGCGCAACUGAGUCUCUCUCAGGGGACCCUCUCUCAGACCACGUCCACAGUUACGUCUAGUACUGCCAUGGCUAGCGGAACCUCGUUCACGGUUAAACUUGAGGCUGGCCCCGACAUGCUCAAGACUGGCUUCGAACAGCAAACCAGUUGGACUACGACUAACACCAACUCUAAGGGUGACAGUGUUGAGGUCGGGUACGAUACUCGCUCCACACUGACAAAUGCUAUCCAAUGCACCGGCCCGGUCAAUGUCACAAUGUAUGCCCAGGUUCGGACCUGCAGUUAUCAGGGCGGUUACACCAUCCCCAUCACAAUGCAUGGUUGGCUCUGGUUCUAUUACCCAGAUCUAAUCCAGGAGCAUUUCGAAUGGGCCGUUAAUAUGGAUGCGAUCACCAAUCUCGAUGUGCGCCAGCAGAACAUAACGAUGGCCGUCAACCUAGACACCGAAUCGUGGGGUAACUUCUUUGCAACUUGCACUCCCCUUAAUGAAAGCACAAGCAGCGCUAACCCUCCCACUCUCACGACCAUUGGCGCGAUUCCCACAACUUUUGGUGUGUCUCCCACUGCCAAUGGUGCCCGUCCUCCCUGA